GAAGCCGCUGUACCAUGAGUGUCUCUGUGCUGAUCCCCACCAGAGCCCUGGGCAGUGUCUCUGGGCUCCUGCAGGUGGCCUCCCUGCUUGGCCUGGUUCUGCUUCUGCUCAAGGCAGCACAGCUCUACCUGCACAGACAGUGGCUGCUCAAAGCCCUCCAGCAGUUCCCGUCUCCUCCUUCCCACUGGCUCUAUGGGCACAUGCAGGAGUUCCAAGAUGAGACCGAGCUGCGACCCCUACUGAAGAGGGUAGAGAAAUACCCAAGUGCCUGUGCUCGCUGGCUGUGGGGGACGAAAGCCCUGGUGUUGAUCUAUGACACUGACUACAUGAAGGUGGUCCUGGGGAGAUCAGACCCAAAGUCUCAUGAUUCCUACAGAUUGCUGAUUCCCUGGAUUGGGAACGGUUUGCUUUUGUUGGAGAGGCAGACGUGGUUCCAGCACCGGCGGAUGCUGACCCCAGCCUUCCACUAUGACAUCCUGAAGCCCUACGUGGGUCUCAUGGCCGACUCUGUCCAAGUGAUGCUGGACAAGUGGGAGGAGCUCGUCAGCCUGGACUCACACCUGGAGGUCCUCGGACACGUCUCCUUGAUGACCCUGGACACCGUCAUGAAGUGCGCUUUCAGCCACCAGGGCAGCAUCCAGACAGACAGGAACAUCCAGUCCUACAUCCAGGCCAUCAGGGAUCUCGGCAAUUUGACUUUUUCCCGAUUAAGAAAUGCUUUCCACCAGAACGACAUCAUCUACAGGCUGACCCCUGAAGGCCGCUGGAGCCACCGGGCCUGUCAGCUGGCCCAUCAACACACAGAUGGAGUGAUCCAGCUGAGGAAGGCUCACCUGCAGAAGGAGGGAGAGCUGGAGAAGGUGAGGAGCAAGAGGCACCUGGAUUUCCUGGACAUCCUCCUCUUCGCCAGAAUGGAGAAUGGGAGCAGCUUGUCUGACAGGGAGCUCCGUGCCGAAGUGGAUACGUUCAUGUUUGAGGGUCACGACACCACAGCCAGCGGCAUCUCCUGGACCCUCUAUGCUCUGGCCUCCCACCCUGAGCAUCAGCAGAGGUGCCGGGAAGAGAUCCAGAGCCUCCUGGGGGAUGGCACCUCCAUCACCUGGGACCACCUGGACAAGAUGCCCUACACCACUAUGUGCAUCAAGGAGGCACUGCGACUCUAUCCACCAGUGCCAUUCAUUAGCAGAGAUCUGAGCAAGCCCAUCACCUUCCCUGAUGGACGCUCCUUACCUGCAGGAAUCCCCAUCUCCCUCUUCUUUUAUGGGCUUCACCACAACCCGAAGGUGUGGCCGAAACCAGAGGUGUUUGACCCAUCCCGGUUUGCACCAGGUUCUUCUCAACACAGCCAUGCUUUCCUGCCCUUCUCAGGAGGAUCCAGGAACUGCAUCGGGAAGCAGUUUGCCAUGAAUGAGAUGAAGGUGGCCGUGGCCCUGACCCUGCUUCGCUUUGAGCUGGCGCCCGAUCCCUCCAGGGUCCCUGUUCCCAUUCCAAGAGUUGUGCUGAAGCCCAAGAAUGGGAUCCACUUGCAGCUCAGGAAGCUCCUGUAACGCUCGUUGGAGACAAGGACGAGCUCUGAGGGCCCCUGCCUGCCAUCCUGUCUCGCUGUCACUCUCGCCCGUCCUUGCCUCUGUGCCCACUUCCUGCUUCUAUCUGCCCACCUGCCGGCCUACCUCAUCUCCUGCCUCCUGCCCAUCAGACGUUCUGCCCUCCUCCUCUCACCUUUCUCCAGGCUCCCUAUCUGCUUAUCUCUCCAUCUGUCUCUGACCCACCUGUGCCUCUGACUGUCCACCUAAACCCUGAUCGCUGGCCCUCCUCCACUCUGUCUACUCUCUCCUUGUCUUUUGCCCCUUCUGCCUGCCUGUCUGUCCCUGAAUUCACUUCCUUUUGCUGAUAAAACAAUUGACCACAGCCUUGUGGACUUAGAACAACACAGAGUUAUUCUCUGACAGCUCUGGAGUCAGAAGCCAGAAGUGGGUUUCCCUGGACACACCCAAGAUGUUGGCAGGGCCCCCGGUGCAGGGAUCUAGGGAAGGAUCCCUCUCUUUGCGUUUUCCCACAUCUAGAGCUGCAAUCCUUGCAGUCCUUGGCUCCUGGGCCUCCUCCAUAUUCAAAUCCAUCAGCUUCUUCAAAUGCUCCCCUGCUUCCGUCUUCACAUCGCCUUCUCUUUCAUAAGACCUUUGUGAUUACACAGGCCCACUCAGAUAAAACAGGCUUGCUCUGAUUUCCGGGGAUUAGGACACGGACACCCUGGGCAGCCGUUACUGUAGCUGCUAAGUCCUGCGUCGCUACCAUCGCCUUGGGCCCCCGAUCGCUCCCGUGUGUUACGGGUCUGCUCGUUUGUCACUCACCUGGCUUCCCCUCUUGCCCACUCCCUGGAUAAAUUCACAAUGUCA